AUGGGAAUUAGAGGAAAGCUUGAAGUUGAAGUUGAAAUUAAGUUUGAUGGAGAUGUAUUUCGUCAACUUUCUGGUCAAGAUCCAGAACUUGUUCCCAAUAUCACUCCAGAUAAAAUACAUACUUGUGAUCUUCAUGAGGGAGAAUUAGGCAAGCUCGACUCUGUCAUUUCUUGGUAUUAUACCGUUGGUAAUAAGAAAUGUGUUGCUAAGGAGAUAGUUGAAGUCAUAGAUGAAGAAAACAAAUUUGUGGGAUUCAAAAUUAUUGAAGGUGAUCUCCUUGAAGAGUUCAAGAGCUUAACAAUAAGUAUUCAUGUGAUUCCUAGAGGUGAAAUAACAGUUGUUAAGUGGAGUGCUGAAUUUGAGAAAAUUGCUGAUGAUGGGCCUUACCCAACCCAAAUUAUUGACUUCUGCAUAGGUAUUACCAAAGAUAUUGAGAGGCAUCAUAUCAAUGCAUAA